AUGGCGCACUCGCUAAAGUUUGUUGUGCGCAUCAAGCUUCUCAGAUUCUAUCGGACACGUGUUGGAUCUCGUGCCUACGCUGUUGCCUGGGCGUCCAUGGAGCUGGGCGUGGAGGCAGCACGAUGGAUGAUCGACAAGGCGUUGGGCCCUGUCUCGGGCGGGGUGCUGGAGGCGUGGGCGGCCAGCACCGAGCUGGGUCGCAACAUCGAGGCUCUCAGGAUGGAGCUGCUGUAUGCGGAAGGCAUGCUCAAGUUGCUCAACAAUGCCCGAGGCCAUGGCCUAGGGAUGAAGAAUCCGGCGCUGUCCGAGCUGCUACAGAAGCUACGGGCCUUGGCGUGCAGGGCCGACGACGCGCUCGAUGAGGUCAACUACUUCCGCAUCCAGGACGAGCUCGAAGGAACCUACCACGCGGCUGAGGAGCAUGAGGGAGGUUGCCUUCGCAACCACGCCCUUAAUUCUCGCCACGCCGCCAGAGCCAUUGCAAAGAUGCUUGGCUUCUCCAAGUGCUCCGCCUGCUUUGCUAGUUUGCUGAUGCUACCCACGACGAGCCAUAUGAAGAUACAACAAGCGCAAGAGUCCUCCCGUGUGGUGGACAUUGGCCAUGUCCAUGUGGAAGUGGAACCCAUCAACUGCACCAUUCAUACUGUUGGUAAACAAAUUCCACUUCCAUGCUACUCGUCAGUUUCAUCUGCACAAAGUGCUGCAAACUCCAAUGCUACAUCCACUGGGCGUCGAUUGCUCUGUUGUGCCCAAACCAAUAAGACACGACAAAGAGAGCGCGUCUUACAAACACCGAAGAUGAAGUUUGAUAGGAUUGAGAUGUCUCGAAAGAUGAAGGAUAUUAUAGAGCAGUUAAAGCCUCUAUGCGCCACGGUAUCCACAAUUCUUAAUCUAGAAUUUCUGGCAGCCAACCUAAACAAUAAUGGCCAGUACAUGGCUACGGGUCGGCCCAUAACCACCUCAGAGUCUAUAGAGCCUGAAUUUUAUGGUAGGAAGGACGUCACAUGUACGCUUAUCAAUGACAUUACCAAGGGAAAAUACCGUCAUAUGGACGACCUAGCGGUACUCCCAAUUGUUGGUCCAGGAGGCAUAGGGAAGACGACUUUCACACAACACAUAUAUAAGAAAAACUACAUGAUCAUUUUGAGAAGAUUACAAAAAUUCAGUGAAGAAGAGAUAAUUCACUUUUGGAUUCACGAGGAAGAAGAUGAUAAUGGGCACACUUAUUAUGUUAUUCAUGAUCUAAUGCGUGAAUUAGGGCUAAAGGUUUCAGCAAAUGAAUGCCUUAGCGUAUAUAGUUCAAAUAUGAGAUACAUACAAAUCCUUCCAUCGGCCCGCCACUUGUCCAUCAACAUAGAUGAUUCAAGUGUCAACGACAGGAAGGCUUUUGAUAUUUGUAAAGAAGAUUUUAGUGUACUAGGAGAAAGAAUAAAAGUUGAGAACCUGCACUUGUUGAUGCUAUUUGGGAAAAACCAAGGAAGGGAAGGAGCAGAUGAAGCAAAGUUAAUGCAUAAGAGAAACCUGAAUGAGUUAGAAUUAAACUGGAGUUCAAAACGGUCUAACAUGGGUCCUGCACGUGAAGAACAAGUUCUUGAAGGUCUCAAGCCACCUUGCAAUCUUAAGAAACUAAGCAUUAGAGGGCAUGGAGGUUGUAUUUUUCCUUCUUGGUUAGGUCUGAACCUGUCGGUUCAAAAUCUGGAAUCUCUUGGUCUAGAUGGCGUGGACUGGGAAACAUUUCCACCUAUAGGUGAUGGGUUGCAGCUAGUUAAUAAGGGCGCUAAAAAAAAAAGAGUAAUAGCCCUAGCCAACACUUCAUGA